AUGUUGCAGUGCAUAUUCCUUCUAUCCGAUUCGGGGGAAGUAAUGCUGGAAAAGCAACUGACCGGCCACCGGGUUGAUCGAUCCAUAUGUGCGUGGUUCUGGGACCAAAUAAUUUCCCAAGGUGGUUCCUUGAAGCUUGUACCUGUAAUUGCUUCACCGACGCACUACCUAUUCCAAGUUGUUCGUGAGGGGAUCACCUUUUUGGCGUGCACCCAAGUUGAAAUGCCACCUUUGAUGGCAAUUGAGUUCCUUUCCAGGGUAGCUGAUGUCCUUUCAGAUUAUCUUGGCAGCUUAAAUGAAGAUUUGAUAAAGGACAACUUUGUUAUUGUCUAUGAGCUUCUGGAUGAGAUGAUAGACAACGGCUUCCCCCUAACAACAGAACCUAAUAUCCUGAGGGAAAUGAUAGCUCCUCCGAACAUUGUCAGCAAGGUUUUGAGUGUUGUCACUGGUAAUGUGUCCAAUGUGAGCAACACACUUCCGGGUGCAACAGCAUCUUGUGUUCCAUGGAGGAAAACAGACCUGAGGCAUACAAGCAAUGAAGUUUAUGUUGACCUUGUUGAAGAAAUGGAUGCAAUCAUAAACAGGGAUGGGACUUUAGUGAAAUGUGAGAUAUAUGGCGAAGUUCAAGUAAAUUCUCAUCUCUCAGGUCUUCCCGAUCUCACUCUGUCAUUCGCAAAUCCUUCCAUUCUUAAUGACGUGAGAUUUCAUCCUUGUGUUAGACUUCGACCAUGGGAAGCAAACCAAAUUCUAUCCUUUGUACCACCUGAUGGAGAAUUUAAGCUCAUGAGUUACAGGGUUAAGAAGUUAAAAAGUACUCCAAUAUAUGUAAAGCCACAACUGAGCUCGGAUUCGGGGACAUGUCGUAUCAGUGUUUUAGUGGGAAUACGAAAUGAUCCUGGGAAGUCAAUUGACUCGAUAACGGUUCAAUUCCGACUGCCUCCUUGUGUUUUAUCUGCUGAUCUUUCUGCCAACCAUGGAACUGUGAACAUCCUUGCUGAUAAGACUUGCUCUUGGUCAAUUGGGCGGAUUCCGAAAGAUAAAGCUCCAUCAAUGUCGGGAACAAUGACACUAGAGACAGGCUUAGAGCGGCUCAACGUAUUUCCCACCUUUCAAGUGAGUUUCAGGAUUAUGGGUGUUGCUCUCUCUGGCUUACAGAUAGAUAAAUUGGACCUAAAGAAUUUACCUUCGAGACCUUAUAAAGGUUUUCGAGCUCUUACUCGGGCAGGCGAAUUUGAAGUGAGGUCUUAA